AUGGCGGCAUUAGCUUCCGGCAGCACCAGCGGGCGUUUCUCGGACAAGGCCUCAUCGUCGGACGGUGCGGGGUCCAGUGCGGUGGCGGCCGAGGGUGGCUACGAGGCCGAGGAGGGCGUGCUCGACCUUGACUCCCCGUGGGUGGCGGCGACCGAGGCGGAGUCAAGGCUGGAGGCGGCGGGUACAGCUGCGGGGGUUGGACUUAGCCUCCUCGCCGGUGAGGAGCUGGAGGAAUACGAGAUACGAGACAACCAGCAGCGGCAGGAGGACGAGCUGACGGCAUUGGAGGCAAUAUAUGGUGAUGAUCUCAUUGUGUUUGAAAACAAAGGAGGGCUUAGAAGUUUCCAGAUUUACAUACAUUAUCAUUUACCUGAUGGCAUCGAAGUGUGCGCUAAGCUUUCAGCACCUAAUGCUAGCCCCAGGGAUGUAGGAUGGUGUGACUAUAAACAUGACGAUGGACCUGAUGAGUUCUCGUACACCUGCAAUUUCGAGUACCUGCCUCCUUUGAUAUUGACAUGUCUUCUUCCACGGUCCUAUCCUAGCAAAGACCCCCCAAGUUUCACUGUCACUGCUAAGUGGAUGGAUGGGCCUUAUGUUUCUCAACUCUGUCAGAUGCUUGACACUAUUUGGGCAGGGCUGCCAGGGCAGGAAGUCGUAUAUCAAUGGGUUGAAUGGCUACAUAAUUCUUCCAUGUCUUAUCUUUGGAUUGAUGGAAACAUGACACUGGGUCCAGAUAUUGUCAACCACAACGCAGAUCACCGUGCAAUCUCAAGAACAAACUCACUGGAGUCUGUAAUUCCUUUGAUGCUGAGCUACAGUAGUAAGAAGCGCUAUCAAGCUUUUCUUGAGGCUAUCCAUAUGUGCAUGAUAUGUCUUAACCAGACCAAAGGUUCAAACUUCAUCAGGCUUCCAUGCCAACACUUGUUCUGUGUGAAGUGUAUGGAGACCUUAUGCAGACUGCAUGUCAAGGAAGGUAGUGUAUUUCAGUUGAUAUGCCCUGAUAGCAAGUGCAAAGAUUCAAUUCCACCAUAUGUGCUGAAGAGGCUUCUUACAGAAGCAGAAUAUGAGCGUUGGGAUAGGCUUCUCCUUCAGAAAACACUGGACUCAAUGUCAAACGUGGUUUACUGUCCAAAUUGUGUGAUCGGUUGCAUGGAAGAUGAGGACAACAAUGCACAAUGCCCAAAAUGCUCCUUUGUCUUCUGUUCGUUCUGUAAGGGGCCAUGUCAUCCAGGGAAGAAGUGUCUUACUCCUGAAGAACAGAUACAGCUCCGAAAGGUUUCAGGCAGGAUGACUGAGAAGGAGAUGGCGCAGGAACUGUUCAACAUCAGACAACUGUACAAGGAUGUGCGGUUGUGCCCGAGAUGCCGAAUGGCCAUCGCCAAAACAGAAGGGUGCAACAAAAUGGUGUGCGGAAACUGUGGCCAGUUCUUCUGCUUUGCCUGCGGCAAGGCCAUCAGUGGUUAUCAGCAUUUCAGGGAUCAGGACUGCAAACUCUUUGCGGCGAGAGACAUAGCGGCGUGGGAGAGGCAAAUGGCAGAGAUACAACCUGAACGCCUGAUGAGAAAUGCAGCACGCCCAAUUGGUUCUACCGUCAGAUGCCCCAAAUGCCGUGCACAGAACUUCAAGGAUGAUGAGAAGUACAUUUUCUGCUGGGCGUGCAUGACCGACUACUGCAUGUUCUGCAGACGGAAGAUCCAGAAUAGGAAGGGGCACUCGUGCAUCUGAAAGACUUAGCUUAAAUGGGUAACUGAUGUAGGCAUAUGAUCGGGCUAGGAAAAAAAAAGCCAUAUGACUGUCCUCUUGUUGGUUCAUUGACAUGCGUCAGCUGAUUAGUGUCAUGCAUAAGGAAUCAAAGUUUUUCCUGACAUUUUUCUCUCUCAGUUCCCAAGUUUGUGCAGCAUGUUGUGUCUCGUUUGUUCAACAAAAAAGCACCCUUGUCUUCCAGAUCAGAACCUGAUCCACCACGGAGCAGUUUGCUCGAUUUGAAUGCAUUUGCCUGUUGC